GCAUUAUUUAAAGGACUAGCUCUUUCCUCAAUAUUCAGACACCUCUGGAAUAUCAUCCAUAACGGAAUUUAACUUUUUUUUUUCUAUAAAGCUUUUAAGGCUGAGGAAACGUCAUCCUACACAAUAUCUAUAUCUCCAUUAACCAUGUCGAUGUGGUUUGCUGUACUUCAUGUAUUAGGUAUUCUGUCUUUGACCUGUUGCACAUUUGGAUCUGAUUUAAAUGUUCCAACACCAAUUAGCUGUGGAACCCGUGCGGUGGAUCUACCAGACACACGUCAGAUAGUGCUCUGCCCAGCAAACUGCACUCUCUGGAGUCUGUCAGUGUUUGGUUCAGGAGUAUAUGCCUCUAUUUCCAGCAUAUGUGGAGCAGCAGUACACAGAGGAAUCAUAGGUCUAUCUGGUGGACCUGUGGAGGUUCACAGGCUGCAAGGGAGGACAAACUACCUCAGCUCUUACGCUCAUGGCAUCCAGUCUCAAUCCCUGUCCCAAUGGAGCUCAUCUUUCACUGUGGCCAGAACAAUUAGCUUGCCUUUGGAAGUGUCCAGUCAAACCAGCAGUUCUGCCAAUGUUGCAUCUGGAGCAGCCAAGAAACCAGUAAAAAAGACAGCGAAGAAACCUCCUCCUCCAACAACAGCAAACAGGGAUUGCCCAGUCGAUAUGGCUUUGCUGCUGGAUAGCAGCUACAACAUUGGACAGCGGCGGUAUAAUCUGCAGAAGAACUUUGUCAGUAAGCUUGUAGCCAUGCUGAAGGUUGGAACACCAGGUCCUCAUGUAGGAGUGGUGCAAACCAGUGAGACACCUCGAACUGAAUUCUACUUGUCAAACUAUACAACAGCCAAAGAUCUGACUUUUGCCAUCAAAGAGAUCCCAUACAUUGGGGGCAAUACCAAUACAGGUAAGGCCAUACUACACACUGUGAGGAACUUCUUCAAUCCGGAUUUUGGUGUUCGGAGAGGUUACCCACGGGUCAUUGUGGUGUUUGUCGAUGGGUGGCCUUCUGAUAAUGUGGAGGAGGCAGCAAUUUUAGCCAGAGAGUCUGGUAUUAACAUCUUCUUUGUGUCUGUGGCCAAACCUGCUCCUGAGGAGAUUAGCCUGGUGAGCGAGCAAGACUUCAUGAGAAAGGCGGUGUGCAAGGACAACGAGUUCUUCACCUUCACCAUGCCCAGCUGGUUCAGCACCAACAAGUUUGUGAAGCCACUAGCGCAUAAACUUUGCUCCAUCGAUCAGAUGCUCUGCAGCAAGACAUGCUAUAACUCAGUGAACCUGGGCUUCCUGAUUGAUGGCUCCAGCAGUGUAGGUGAUGGGAACUUUCGGCUUGUUCUGGACCUUCUUCUCUCUAUCGCACGCAACUUUGACAUCUCUGACAUCGGCUCUCGCAUCGGUGCCAUUCAAUUCACCUACGACCAAAGGAUGGAGUUCAACUUCAAUGACCACACCACAAAAGAUAAUGCUCUGAGGGCCCUGCAGAACAUCCCCUACAUGAGCGGAGGAACGGCCACGGGAGACGCCAUCAACUUUGCAGUGCGGAGUCUCUUUAAACCCCGCACAGGCCCCAACAGGAAUUUCCUCAUUAUCAUCACUGAUGGACAGUCUUACGAUGAUGUGAGAGGGCCGGCUAUGGCCGCCCAGAGGGAGGGAAUCACUGUGUUUACAGUGGGCGUAGCUUGGGCUCCGAUGGAAGAUCUGAAGGCGAUGGCGUCCGAGCCCAAGGAAAGCCAUGUGUUUUUCACUCGCGAGUUCACCGGCCUUGCGCAGUUCCAGCAGCCCAUAGUACGGGGCAUCUGCAGAGACUUCACAGAGUUCAAUUAGACAGUGCAACUGCUUAAGUGCAAGAACAGAAAGUAAGACGUGCAGGAAAGGAAGGAGGAAAAAAUGGCAAGCCUGAAUAAGAAAAAUCACCUUUGUCUUGUGCAGAAAAAGGGAUUUGAAUGGUUUUGUUAUAAAGGUAUUGGUACGUUUGAUCCAAAGGAUUUUACAGCUUAAUUGAGAAUGUAUCACACAGUAUUGUAUGUCAACCUCUCUAUAAUGUGGAGAAUGUAAUUAUUUGAGAUUUAUAGUCUUUCUCUUUAUGUUCCUGGUGAAAAACAUUCACUCGCUGCUUCUGGCACGUCUUUUUCCUGUGGAGGGGUCACUGUAACAAAAGGCUCUUUUAUAUUAAUUUCGGGACUUGAAGAUUAAAGUCUAGUUAUGCAGGUUGUGCAGAAGAUGGUAAGCAAAAGCAGUCAUGAUGAAGAUUGUCAGUGAAACAGCGCCCUCAUAUGCAUUCUGAUGACAGUACACAAAUACUCAGCUUUCAUUCACACAAUUGCAUAAUUAGAUCUGGGUUAUAUAAUAAAAUAUAGUACUUCCCAGGAGUAGCACACAAUAUACAUGCACUGUAGUACAUUCACAACAUCACAAUCACGUAUGUCUGGAUGUGCGAUGAGAAUUACGGUUGAGAAGUUCACGUUUUUAUUCUAUAUGUUUUCCUUUUCUUAAAUUAUACUUUAAUGUAUUUAACCUAUUUUCUGUGUACCUUUCCAUAUGCAUGCUAUACUGUCUCAAGUAAUGAAAACAGAGGGGAGGAGGGGGAUCAAACUGCUUGUACAUUUGUUUAUAAUUUAUUACUUUCUUCUCAAUAAAAGACAAGGCGUUUGUACAACUUGACCAGCUGAACAUCUUCCUCAUCUGAACCGGCUGAUCAUCAUCAGAAACCAACAUAUUCAAAAAACACGUGUAUUAAUUUGUGUCGUAGGCGGUUUGUCCAAUCUCAGUAAAAACACGUACCAUCUUUAUUAAAAUCGUGAAUCCUGCCAAUCGUCAUUCGUCAAUCAAAUAUCGUGAUAAAUACGACGCUGCAUUAAUUGUCGAGACAAGGGGCAUGUUGCAUAUACAGAUACACCAUUUAAUAUUUAUUAUAGACAUUUUAUAUACAUUACUUUUCAACAGCUGUUUUGCUAUGUGGUACAAUCUUUAAAAUCUGUUGAUUCGUAGUAAAUCAAAACCUUACAAAACUCAUCAAAACUCUUCAAACUGAUCAGAACUCUUGGAAGACUAGAAAAAAUAUUUUAUUGUAGUAUUAACCAUGCAUUACACAAACAAAAAGGUCUUUUGUUACACCAUAAACUGCAUUGUUUCCUUUAAAAAUCAUUGAACAGAUUGGGGCAGAACGACCAAACCAAAUAUUUCGACUACAUUUGAUUGAUUACUCCAAUCCCAAAAAUGAAAACUAUCAAUUACUCGCCUUCAUUUCAUUCCAAACCUGUAAGGUACCCAACAUUCCACUGAGUUCCAUUUCAUUCCUCAAAAUAGCUUUUGUGUUCCAAUUAUACAGGUCUGUAAUGACAUGAGGGUGAGUAAAUGAUGACAUUAGAAAAUAAUGUGUUCAUUUUGGGUUGAACCAUCCCUUUAACUUAUCGCUUCUCUCCUGAUCUCCAGCAUCAUGAGGUGAAUUUAAACCCCGUUUUCAGCCAACCAAGAAACGGCAUGAGCUUUCACAUAAACCUAUAUACGUUAAUUUCCUAUCAGAUAACCUGUUCGGUUUGGUUAGCGACAGCCCAAUCUUUGAGUUACCAUCAAGCUAUGCUCUGAAGGAUAAGACUAUCCACAAACAGAAAAUAAAUAGUGUUCGGAUAUCUAACCUGUGAUACUUAAACUCAUUUUACAGUAAGGUGUACAGAAACAUCACAUAGUGACAGGAUGCUGCAGUUUAUUUGUAAAUUCCUAAAAGCUCUCAGGGCACCACACGAUGUGCUUCUACUAGCGUACAGUCUCUCCGUUAUGUGAUAAAACAAUGUUAAAGCAAUGUAGUAUGCCUAAGGAGAGCACUCAUCCAGGGUUUCCAGAGACACAAGACCUUCCAGAAGAAGAACCGCAUAAAAUUGAGGGCUUGAGCGGGAUUAUAGUCCCUUUAAAAAAUGUGAUUUCCAGCGGUUUUAUGACAGUCUUUAUUUAUAUAAAAUUGAUUAUAAAAACUAUACUUUUUUACACAAAAAAAUGAAACAAACGCUAAAGGUAUGAAGGUGGACUGAGUUUAACGGUAUUCGCUUGCACGCUACAUUAGGGUGAAGAGGGUGACUGAGAUUGGGGUCUGGUUUAUGGCUCGGCAGGGUGGGACUCAGUUCCUCUGGUGCCCGGAUGAUGGUCGGUGACAACCUACUGUUGGAUGAA